AUGGCAAACAAUGAUGGUGAUGGAGGGGUGGGGGUGGGGGUGGUGGUGCAAGUGAAGCACUAUUGUCAAGUGGAGAAAUGUGAGGUUAAUUUAGAUGGUGCUAAGAAGUAUCAUAAAAGGCACAAAGUUUGUGAAGUUCAUGCUAAGGCUCCUAUUGUUUUGCUUGCUGGUUUAAGGCAGAGGUUUUGUCAACAAUGCAGCAGGUUCCAUGAGCUCUCAGAAUUUGAUGGCACUAAAAAGAGCUGUCGCCUGCGCUUAGACGGACACAACAAGCGGCGUCGCAAAACACCGCUGCCAAUUGAGAUGGAAGAUAACCACUACAGGUUGAUCAAUGGGGAAGCCAGCCCACAUAUGGACAUGACUUUUUCCAGCACGAAAACCAUCCACAACCACACUGCUGACAUCUCUGGAUGA